AUGAACAAAGGGACGAAGAUCGCCAUCGCGGUGAUAUUGCUUCUUGGCGCCGUCUUCAGCAUCCUCGGUGGCGUCGGUGUCUUCUCGUCGUCCACGUCCGUUUCUGACAAGGCGACCCCUGACCACCAAACCAAAUCGAACGGCUCGUCCACUUCGCUAACGCCUGCGACGGGCACCGCAGCGCCUGGCUCACUGCCCGACGUUGUUGUCAACUCGUCUGUCCGUGAGGGUCAUCUAGACCGCCCCGCAAGCUGCAAGAUUGUGCCUCCAGGUAAGCGUGUCGCCGCUUUUUGGAUGACAGAAAUUGGCGGCUGCGAGACCAUCCCCGAUGGCGUCACGCACGUAUAUUUCGCGUUUGCUGAAAUCCAAGCGGGCCUCGUCAACCAGUCGUUCCAGACGAGCGAGGCCAACAUGACGGCGUGUGUCUCGGCGUUGCGCAAGCGCUGUAUUCUGGUCCUCGGUAGCAUUGGUGGCGCCAACGCUAGCAAAUACAUGAAGACCGUCAAGGAUCCGCAGGCGUUUGCCGACUCGGCGAUGGCGCUUAUCCAAAAGUACAAGUUUGACGGCAUCGACAUGGACGACGAGAGCGUCGGCCCCGAGUUUGACGGCAUGCGCGUCUUGGCGUACAUGAAGGCUCUCUACGUGGCAAUGAAGGCCAACGGCAACAGCUACCUGCUCACGUACGACGCGUUCAUGUACGAGGGCAACCUCGACACGUGCAAGAGCGCGACAUAUAUUCGUUGUUGGCCCGUCGGCCUCGAAAGGUACCUCGACUGGGUCAACGUCAUGGCGUACAACAUCAAUGACAACCCCGCAAGCGCCAACGGCAUGUACAUGGCGGCAACAAAGCCCGGCGACAUCUUCUCGCGCUGGGUGACGCUCGUCACGGCACCAAAGGUCAUGAUCGGCACGUGCAGCCGCGACGGUGAUGCCUACGGGCCAUGCGCAAGCGCGGCGGUGGUUUCGCAGUGGACCAAGUGGGCCACCAAUUAUGGCGGUAUGAUGGUCUGGGCUGGCUCCAAGGACGUCAAGUACAACUACGAAGUGCUCAACAACAUCAUCAAGAGCCAGUAA